AUGCCAACUUUUGCAGACAAAAAAAUACUAUUUGGAAACAGUUUUAACAACAGCAACAACAAUAACAACAAUGACAACAACAACAACAAUAAUAAUAAUAACAAUAGUGACUACAACAACGACAAUCAACAUUACUGGUUUUUACAGCAACAUCAACAGGAAUUGUUCCAACGACAACAGCAUGAGACGUUGAAGGACAUUUUUUCAGGAUCCAUCAAAAAUCAGUUUAGAACAUUUCAUAAAAAUUCAUCAUCUUCGUCCUCGUCACCAUCCCUGUUUACAUCGUCGUCGCUGACGUCAUCGUCGACGUCAUCAACUGUCUUUUCCAGCAGCAACAACAGCAACAACACUAACAACAACAACGAACUAACUAAAAAAAUUAACUUUCCAUUUUGUGGUUUGAACGAGUGGCCAGUGCUCGCCUACCCAUCCCUGGCCACAUCUCGCCACCACUUUUCUCUCAAAGAAGAUUCAUUCUUUCCCGACAACAGCCACAACAGCAGCAACAACAAUCGCAGCAUCGAUAGACCAACAAAACGCAAACAUCAUCAACAUGAAGAUGCAUCCAACCAUCAUCUGCAACAACAACAACAACGACAAAAACAGCCUUCAUCUUCGUCACCGAUUGGCGGCUUCUACUGCUCGACAUCCGUUAUUGCGCUAACAGCGUACAAUGCUAGUAACAAACACAACAACAUCAGCAACAACAGCCACAACAUCAACGAAAACCACGACGACAGCAGCAACAAACGCCUGCUGCAACGCAACUACCAGGAUAUUUUUGCAAACAGUUCGCUGAUGUUCAAGAAGAGUUCACACUUUACUCUAGAAAAAGACAAAAAUAACCACAAAAAAGUUAAAACAAAUUUUAUGCCUAGAUUUCCUAUUGUGGUUGUAUGCUUACUUGGUUCAAACGCACACAGAGCCAAUAAUAGAAACUAUAGCACCGGUCAUUUGUGGAUAACUAAGGGUCUUUAUCUAAAAAAUACACCUCCAGAAAUGGGCCUCAAAUCAAGUUUUAUCCUAACUCAGAGCACUUGGAAAUUUGGCCAUUUAAGUUAA